AUGGCCUCUCUAAGGCAGUUCGGCCGAGCGUCUGUGGACAUUGCUAAUGUGAUGCAAAAACUGCAGGAUGAACAAGAGGCAGUGCAGAAGAGAACCUUCACAAAAUGGAUCAAUUCUCAUUUAGCAAAGCAUAAACCACCACUAGAGGUUAACGACCUUUUUGAGGACAUCAAAGAUGGGGUGAAGCUCUUGGCUCUGUUGGAAGUGCUGUCUGGCCAGAGACUACCCUGUGAGCAAGGCCGCCAGCUGAAGAGGAUUCACUGGGUUUCCAACAUCGGCACCGCACUCAAAUUCCUUGAGGGCAGGAAGAUCAAGCUUGUUAACAUUCAUGCCACUGACAUCGCAGAUGGACGACCAUCAAUUGUCCUUGGGUUGAUAUGGACUGUUAUCCUCUACUUCCAGAUUGAGGAGUUAACCAGCAACCUGCCAGCCCUCCAGGCGCUUUCCAACAGCAACUCUUCUGUGGAGAGUAUAGCCAGCUCUGAAACAGGAAGCCCACCCAUGAAGAGGAAAGUGGUCAACAAAUUUCAGGGCAAUGCCAAGAAGGCCCUGCUCAGAUGGGUGCAGUGCACUGCUGCAAAGCAUCAUGGAAUUGAGGUGAAGGACUUUGGUCCCAGCUGGCGAGAUGGUGUUGCAUUCCAGUCGGUGGUGCACGCCAUCAGGCCAGACCUGGUGGACAUGGAGGCUGUGCGGAGGAGAAGCAACAGGGAAAAUUUGGAGGAGGCCUUCUCACUUGCUGAAAAUGAACUGGGCAUUCCCCGUCUGCUGGAUCCAGAAGAUGUUGAUGUAGACAAGCCAGAUGAGAAAUCCAUCAUGACAUAUGUGGCUCAGUUCCUCAAGCACUAUCCAAACCCCCACCACUCCGAGACUGAUGGACAGCAGGAUGAGCUGCUUCUUGGCUCAAUUCCAACUUUUGCACUGUCAGUGCCAAUACUUCAGAGAGAGGAGCGGAAGAUGCUGAGAGAGCUGAAGGUGUUUUUAGACCAGCUGGAGAGAGAUGUGCUGCGGGCCCAGGGAGCAGAGGGAAACCUCACUGACAAAUAUCAGGCGUUUAAGAGCUUCCGUGUACAGUACGAAAUGAAGAAGAAGCAGACGGACCCGCUGCUGCAGCCAGUCCACAGGGAUGGCAAGCUGUCUGUGGACCAAGCUCUAGUCAAACAGGCCUGGGACCGUGUAUCUGCCAGGCUGCUGGACUGGCACAUCCAUCUGGACAAGUCUCUGCCUGGUCCUCUUGGAGUGAUUGGAGCCUGGCUUCACAGGGCAGAGAUGGCUCUGAGAGAAGACAUACCCAUCCAACAUGCUCACGACGAGACAGCCAAUGUUCUUCACAGAAAACUAGAACAGCAUAAGGAAGUAUUAAAAAACUUGGAAUCGCACAGGCAAACCUUCCACCAGAUCCACAAGGACAGAUCAGUGAAUGGGGUACCUGUCCCACCUGAACAGCUGCAAGACAUGGCCGAACGGUUUAAUUUUGUGUCUACAUCAUCAUAUGCUCACUUGAUUAAACUGGAAUUCUGGGAGAUAAAGUAUCGGCUGAUGGCGUUUCUUGUGUUGGCUGAAUCAAAGCUCAAGUCCUGGAUCAUUAAGUAUGGCCGGCGGGACUCAGUUGAGCUCCUCUUGCAAAGCUACCUUACUUUCAUUGAAGGCCACAAGUUCUUUGAGCAGUAUGAGAUAAUCUUCACAGCCCUCCAGCAAGCUGCAGAGGUUUAUGUAAAGUCUGAUAGUUCAAUCGAUGAAGCAGAGGGGGUAAGUAAAUUCCUCAGUGAUGCCACGGCUCAGUGGAAGAAUCUGGCUCUGGAGGUGCGCAGUGUUCGCAGCAUGCUGGAGGAGGUGAUCUCCAACUGGGAGAAGUACAGUAGCACAGUGGCAGGUCUGCAGGCCUGGCUGGAGGAUGCUGAGCAGAUGCUCAACCAGUCAGAAAAUGCCAAACGUGAUUUCUUCAGAAACCUCUCUCACUGGAUCCAGCAGCACAUGGACAUGAACGAUGCUGGGAACUUCCUCAUUGAGACUUGUGAUGAAACAGUCUCCCGAGAUCUGAAGCAGCAGCUGCUUCUACUGAACGGGAGAUGGAGGGAGCUGUUCGUCAAAGUCAAACAUUAUGCAAGAGCAGAUGAGGUGGAUAAGUUGAGGCAAGACUACCAAGAUGGUAUUAAUACCUUAAAGAUGUUCAUGGAUGCAACCAAUGAGAAGAUGACUGCUCCUGUCCAAGUGUCUUUCCUGAACGUCAGAGCCUUUGUUCAAGAUGUUGAGGAGGUCAAGCACAAAGUGCCAGCUAUGGAAGCAGCCUGUAAGGCAGCGAGUCGGACGGCUCAGCUGUUGACCAAAGACACGCCACAGGAGGAGGUCUCACAGAUGAUGGCUGUGAUGGCCUCGAUCAAAGAACAGCUGAGCAAGGUGAGAGAGAGAAGUUUGCCUCUGCUGAGGGAAUCCCAAUCUUUAUUACCUCCACUGGAAGAAAUGGAGAAGAACAUUACAGGCUUUUACCAGGCUCUGGAGAAGGCCAGUCAUAUCACCAGCACCACAGACUCUGAGGGACCAGUAGACUUUAAACAGAGAUGCCAGGAGCUGGCGACCUUCACACACAGCUGUAAGAAGUGUCUGACAGUGAUAGAGAGAAACCACCAGACUAUCCAGAAAAUAAUGAACAGCAGUAAAACCCUCCAGCACAUGGACAUGAGUCUUCUGCAGAAAAGAGUCGGAGACCUGCAGGCGUCCUCACAGACAAUGAUUAAAGAAUCUACUGAGUGGCGGAAGCACGUAGAGGCGAACAGCAGCCUCAUGAAGAGGUUUGAUGAGUCACGGGUGGAGCUGGAGAAGGUUCUUAAAAUGGCACAGCACUGUCUGACAGAGAGAGGCAACCCAGAGGAGCUGCUCAAGAAACACACAGAAUUCUUUGGUCAGCUGGACCAGCGAGUUUUGAAUACAUUCCUCAAGGCUUGUGAUGAGCUGACAGACAUUUUGCCGGAGCAGGAGCAGCAGUCGCUGCAGGAAACAGUCAGGAAGCUGCACAAACACUGGAAGGAUAUCCAGACAGACGCCCCUUUUCACCUCUUGCACCUGAAAGUGGAGGUGGAGAGGAGCAAGCUGAUGUUGUCGCUGCAGGAGUGCCAGGCAGAGGUGACCAGGGAGAACCGCCACCUGGCUAGCAUGGGGAGCGAGAGGCUCAUCAAGGAGCACAGGGCCUUCUUUAGGGAAAAGGGCCCUCAGUCCAUCUGUGAGAAAAGGCUGCAGCUGAUGGAGGAACUUUGUCAAAAACUCCCUGAGGGUGACCCUGCUCACCAGACCCUGGAAAUAGCAAGAAAGGACUUCUCUGAGGUCCAAGAGGAAAUUGAGAACACCCAUCAGAAGAUAUUACAGCACCCGGAUAAAUGGAAGGAGUACAACACAAGGUACGCUGAAUUCUCCUGCUGGCUCAUAUCUAAAGAAAGCCAACUGAGGCUGCUGAGAAACCGAGCCAACGAUCCCAGAAAAUACAGCCAGGUGAAGGCUACCAUCAUGGAGCUUAGGAAUGAUGCAGAGCUACAGGAGGGGAAUCUUGGCUGGCUGAAGGCCCGCAUGGCCGGAAUGAUUGAAAUCUGCGCUGACAGCGAUGCCCAGAGGCAAGGAAGUGCACUGAGCAAGCUCUCUACUGAUUUUAAGGGUCUUCUUGCUUCGCUCUUAGAGGCUGAGAAGAUGGUGCUGGCUGUGGGGGACUGUGUGCAGUUCAGGGAAGAAGUACAAACGACUCUGGAUGAUCUUGUUCACGGGCAGAAAGAGGCGCAGGCUGAGGUCACCAAAAUACUGGACUGUCCAACUGUCAGAGAAGCUCAACAACUGCUACUUGUUCACCAGCAACUGCUGAAACGCCUGAAGCUUAAGAGGAAGGAUGUCCAGCAGCUGAUCACCAGAGGUCAGCAGCUCCAGGCCGAGGAAGGUCUGGGAGAAACUCUGCAGCAGGACCUGCAGAGUCUGGAAAACACACUCAGCAAAAUGGAGCAGAAUAUGGAUUCACAGGAGCAAAGCCUUGAGGUCACACUGGCAGCCUGGCAGGAGUUUGACAGCCAGCAGGAAGCAGUGCAUGAGUUUGUCAACAAGGCCCGCUCAACAAUGGAGAGAGACCUGAACUUCAGCAGUCCAGAGAGCCUGGCUGUUGAGCUUGACCAGGCUAGAGUGUUGUUGAAGCAGUGUGAAGCAGAGGCCUCGCAUAUGAACACGUUGCUGAAGAGAGCGACAGAAAUUCAGCUCGGUCCCAAAAACAAGACUCUGCUUUUACAGCAAGCUCGUUCCCUCAGUGAGCAAGUGGACACAGUGGAGGCUGGGCUCAAAAAAGAUGUCAAGACUCUGGAGGAAAUGAAAACUCAGUGGGACCAGUUCGGAGCUGGUUUUGAAACCUUUUCCUUGUGGAUAUCUGAAAAGGAAAAGCAGCUGGAUGUACUGAAAUCUUCUACCUUGAAUCUUGAGCAACAGAUCAACACAGUAAAGACCGUUGGCACAGAGCUUCAAGGACGAGCCGAGGUCCUUUCUCAGCUGGAGGCAGAUUCCCAGGCGCUGGCCCAGUUUGUGUCUUCGGGGGAGGCAGCUCGCAUUAAGGCUCGUCUGACCCAAAUCGGCAGGUACUGGGAGGAGCUGAGGGAGAGUGUACAGCAGCUUGAUGGACAGCUGGAGGAAAGCUCCUCUCACCAGCAGAAGUUUAAAACAAGCCUCGAGACUGUGCAAGCAUCUCUCGAUGAGCUACAUACGAAACUGGAACAUCCUAUCAAAUCCUGCACCUCCUCAUCAGAGACCUACAAAGCUCUUCAGAACCACAUGGACGUCUGUCAGGGUCUUGAAAGGCUGAAGGGAACCUUGCUGUCCCUGUCAGCUGGUGCUCGCAGACUCAGUGACAAAGAGCAAGCCGAGAGGACUGUGACAGAGCUGAACUCCAGCUAUGACCAAAACAUACAGGAGGCAAAGGACAAGCAGAGCACUUUGGAGAACCUGCUUUCCCUUUGGCAAAAGUAUGAGAAACAGCGUUCAAACUUUGUUUCCUGCUUGGAGAGGAGUGAGUCUGCAUCCAAACUGGAGAGUCAGUGUCUGUCAGCUGAUAAAGCCAAACUCCGCACAGAGCUACAAGAUUUGCAGGCCUUGCACUCUGAAGUCCAGUACCUGGAGCCGGCUCAUGCUGAGCUAGUGUCUCUGGGAAACUCAUUGUAUGUGACUGCACCUGAAGAGAGAGUGAGGCAGCUGAAAGACGAGCUGGAGACUCUGCAGAAGAGAUUGCACGUUCAAAAUGAAAUCCUGCCUCAAAGAAUCAAAGAUCUUCAGAACCACCUCUCCCUGGUGGAGCAGUUUGACCAGGCCCUGCUUAAAUUCUCCCAAUGGAGUGAGGCCAUGCUCUCAAAUGUGCACUCAGCUUCUCAAGUCAACAUUAGCAACCUGCAGUCUGCCGCCACACAAGUAAAGGAGACCCAGGCGGCCCUGCAGAAGCAGUCCAGUGUGAGACAGAGCUUGGAGCAGCAGGCCGAGAAGCUCUGUCAGUUCUGUGAGCCUGGUGAUGCACAGCUCCUCCGCAGCAGAGCAGACAGCUGUUUGCAGCCCUACAUAGAGGCCCAGCACAUAGCUGAGCUCCAGUUAGAGUGUCUGGAAAGGCUUGAGGCUUUUCUGCAGACCCACAGUGUGGCUGCAGGGGUGUUGCGGGGUCUGAGACAGACUGUGGAGAGUGCAGGGAGCUGGGAUCGUGGAAGAGUAGAGGAGCUGCAGCAGGAACUGGCCACUAUUGUCCCAGACAUUACCCAUCUUGAGACCCUGGCCGUCAAUCUGGACAGUAGUCUCUGCAAAAGCCAUCUCCACAUCGGUGCUGAAGAGGGGUCUCGUAAGUCAUGUCGUAUGCUGGCUGAUUCACUCAGUGCUGAGCUGGAUACAGUGAGGAACCUACUUGGUACUAAGCAGAGUGAGGCGGAGGCCCUAGGGGCUCUGUGGACCUCAUUUAGACAACGGAAAGAACAGCUGCUCAAAGCUGUGGAGGACAUUGAAGAAAAAGCAGAUCACCAGAGCUUCAAAGAGCCGAGCCUGCAUGCUCUGCAACAGAGGCUGAGGUUCUUUAAUCAGCUGGAGGAUGAACUACAGUCUCACCAGCAUGAGGAGCAGUGGCUGAGGGACAAGGGCAACCAGCUGGCCCAGAGAGAUGCGGAGCUGGCCGGGGAGGUGCUGAGGGAAAUCAGUCUGCUGGAGACCACGUGGGAGGACACCAAGAAGCUCAUCACAGAGAGACAGGAGCAGUGCAAUGUUCUUGUUGAGCUCAUGAGAGAAUACCAAAUCCUGAAAACCUCCAUCAGCAGCGUAAUUGAGAGCACUGAGCCUCUGGUUGACAUAAGCUCUGUUCUGAAAGACCACGAGGAAACCAAGAGGUCACUAACCAAGCAUGAGGCGGUGAAGACAGAGAUGGCGGUCAAGCAACAUGACCUGGACCAGUUUUCCAGCAAAGGAAAACAACUAGUGAUUGAACUGAAGAAGAUCCCCGACUGUGACUCUGAAAUGAUGAAGAAGGAUAUGGAGACACUAGUGGAUCAGUGGCUGGACGUGUCUGAGAAAAUAGAUGACAACAUUGAUCGCCUGAACCAGAGUGUAGCUCUGUGGGAUGAUGUGCGUAAAAUCAGCGAGGACAUCGAGAGCUGGACAAGCAGCUGUGUGAUUGAACUAAAUGAAAGCCUCAACAACCUCAACAACAGUCAGAAGGUGUCGGAAAGGCUCUCUACCUUACAGGCAGAAAUGGGCGAGAAGGAACAGAAACUUGAAGCCCUGCAGAGCAGAGUCUCAGAGCUGAAGAAGUGUAGUCAAAGUCAAGAGACUCCUGCUAAAUUACAGGUGCUGGAGAAUGACCUGCGUAAGAAGAUCAGCACUGUUCAGAAGCUCCAUGAGCAGGCCAGGGGAAACCUCAUGGACUUCAGUUUCCAAAGGAAACAGCUGGAGGAUUACAUCUCACAGAUGUCUGCAUGGCUGAAAAGUAUGGAGGAUUCCCUGGUUUCUUCUCCCACUGGAUCAGAUCCUGAGGACAUCUGCAGAGUGAAGGACCUUCAGAAAGAGCUGCAAAAUCAGCAGGGAAGCAUUGACUCUACCAGGGAGAGCCUCAACACCCUGUGUAGAAAAUAUCCCUCUGAAGAGCUGGCUGGUCUGGGUUCAGCACUCACUGAUCUCAUCAAGACCUAUGAGUCUGCGAACCAGCUGUCUGCCAGGACACUCGCGUCACUGCAGAACUGUCUUCAGCAGCAGUUCAAUGACCUAGUUCAGGAGUUCCAUCGCUGGCUUUCCGAACAGAGGGAGAUAGUGAAAGAAUGCUCUGACCGAUCUGGAGACACUCAAAUUGUUGAACGCAAACUACAGAAACUAAAGGGCGCCAUGGAUCGUGUGGAGGAGGGUGAGGUCCGUCUCACACAGGUCUGUGAAGAAGGAGAGAAGCUCCUACUCCAUCUUCCCAAAGCCAGUGCCGGGCAGGUCCAGCAGCACCUUUCCUCCAUCCAGCAGGACUGGGACAGCUUUGUGGAGCAGUGCAGACAGAACCAACAGAUCCUGGAGGACAGCGCAUCCCUCAUGAAAGGGUUCGAGGGUCGCCUCAAGAAGCUCAGGUGGUGGUUGGAACAUAUGGAAAAGAGGAUGACCACGGAUCUGUUGGAAGCCAGUCAGCGUGGUCCUGAAAAGGCUGUGCUUGAGCAAGUGGAGGAAUAUCAGCAGGAAGUGCUCAAAGAAAGGGACUCAUUUGAGCGUUUAUGCCAGGAGGGCCAGGCGCUAAAUGAAGGUGGGCGAGGCGACGGUAGUGAGACGAGGGUGUCAGCUCAGCUGCAGUCACAGCACCAGGCCUUGCUGAGGCGUGUGAGAGAACGGCUGCGCAGCUGCCAGCUCACUUUACAGGAGCAACAGGCCUUUGAAGAGACACUGCAGACUACCUGGACCUGGCUUAACGGAGUCCAGGAGCGCCUGGCUUCACUCAACAGCACAGUUGGCAAUAAAGAGACUCUGGAGAAAAGGCUGGGUCUUGUACAGGAUAUCCUGCUAAUGAAAGGCGAAGGUGAAGUGAAGCUCAACAUGACAGUGGGAAAAGGAGAACAGGUCCUGAAGCACAACAGAAUGGAGGGGCAGGAGGCCAUUUGUUCACAGCUACAGAGCCUGAAGGAUGCCUGGGCCAAUAUGUUGAUGACUUCAAUGAGUUGCCACAGUCGUCUGGAGUGGACCGUGGCCCAGUGGACCAGCUUUCAGGAGAACAAGAGCCAGCUGCAGCAGUGGAUGGAGUCAGUGGAGCAGGAGGUUGGGAUGACUCUGCCUCAGCAGCCUGGCCUCAAAGAGAAAUCCGCUUUGCUUGAGCGACUCAGAGCCAUCCUGGCCGACGUGGACGCUCACGCAGGAGCGCUGUCACGCCUAACAGACAAAGCCGUGGAGAUGCAUGAAAAAACUGGCGACCAGACCUUUGGACCAGAGUCGAGGGCAGAGCUCAAUGCACAUUUUGCUGAUAUCUCAGCUGUUGUCAAGGGUAAAGUGCAGUCCAUGCAAAACAUUGUGUCUGAGCAUGAGCAGUAUCUUGAUGCUGUGAGAGACUUCAACGACUGGCUGAUCUCAGCAAAAGAGGAACUCCAGCGCUGGUCGGACCUGUCAGGAAACUCACUCUCUAUUAAAAGAAAACUCUCCAAAGUGCAGGAGUUGCUUGACUCUAAGCAGCGAGGCAGAGAGAGGCUGAAUCGGGUUCAAAGAUGUGGGGCAGUGGCGAGAGAUCACACUGGCUCGGGGGGCUAUGAGGCUAUGGAGCGAGAGGAAGCAGCCUUAUUGUCAUCAUGGGAACAGUGGGAACGUGGAGCGCUACAGACACGGGCCAGUCUGGAGACGGCCCUCUCCCAGAUAGCCAGCUCUGAACAAGAGUUCAGCAGCUUGUCAGCACAGCUCGAGCACGACCUGCAGGAUUUCAACCGUAAGCUACACAACUGGCGUCUUCGUUUGGCCCAUGCAGAGGACAAAAAGGAUGGAGAGGAGGCUGUUAAGCGGUGGCAGAUAGCAAAGGACAUGUUAGAGGAACUUGUCAAAGCUGAGCCCAUGUCUGAUAGUCUAAAGACGCAACUCAACGAUCUGUGCCGGUUCUCCAGAGACAUGGGCACACAGUCUGAGAGAGUGUCUGCUCUUAUUAAAGAAUACAACAGUCUGAGUCUCCAAGCGUCCAGGGAGUGCCAGAGCAAAGAGAAGCUGCUGGAACAAGGUUUCCGCUCCGCCUUCAGAGAGUUCCAGCAGUGGUUGGUCAAUGCCAAAAUCAACACAGCCAAGUGUUUUGAUGUACCUCAAAAUCUCAACGAGGCCUCAUCGAGCUUGCAGAAGAUUCAGGAGUUUCUAAGUGACAGAGACCAAGGUCAGUCAAAGCUGAAUGCUGUGGUUGCAAACGGUGAGCUCAUCUCCACUAUCGUAGGUAAAGACAAAGUCGAUGCAGUUCGGGCAAAAAUGAACACUGCCAGAGAGGACUGGAAAAAUAUGAUGUCUAACCUGCACAACAGAGAAGCAAGUCUACAAAACCUUUUGUCUCAGAUGAAGGAUUUUGAGGCAAGUGCCGAGCCCCUCCAGGAGUGUCUGAAUGUCACCGAGCUGGCUGUACAGGAGAGCAGCACGAGGCUUCAUGACCUCACAGCCAAGAAGUUGGAGCUUCACAAGCUACAGUCUGUGCUUGAGGAAUUAGCCUCUCACGAGGUUCAGCUGAACAGGCUGAAAGAGAAGGCCCAGCUGCUGUGGGAUGAACACGCGGCCGGCAAGGGUUUUGUGCACCGUGUCUCGCAACUCUCUGCUCAGUACCUAGCUUUAACCAACCUGACCAAGGAGAAGGCGUCUCGGAUCGAUCGAAUAGUCACCGAGCACCAGCUUUUCUCCCAAGGGUUAAAGGAGCUUCAGAACUGGGUGGCCGAUACGAGCCACAUGCUGCAGACUUACUGCACCCCCACUGCCGACAAAAACGUUCUUGAUAGCAGGAUGAUCAAGCUGGAGGCCUUGCUGACCGCUCGGCAGGAGAAGGAGAUCCAGCUGAAGAUGCUGAUCACAAGAGGAGAGUCAGUUCAGAGAAACACCUCAGCUGAGGGAGUGCCUGCAGUCCAAAAACAAAUACAGGAGCUAAAAGAUUCCUGGGAUGCUCUACUCUCUGCUUCUAUUCAGUGCAAAAGUCAGCUGGAGGGUUCCCUGUCUCAGUGGACCAGCUAUCAGGAGGAUGUACGACAGUUUGUGGCGUGGGUUGAGCGUGUGGAGGAGAGUCUUGACCCCACGGAUAAACAGUGCCCAGAGAUGAGAGACAAAACUGCAAAUCUGAGCAAAGCCAAGUUGCUGUAUGAAGAAGUGCUGAGCCACAACACCCUGCUGGACACCAUCACUGCAAAGAGUGCCAGUAUUGCUGAGAACUAUGUUGCUCAGCUGGAGCUCCAAGAUCUGCAAGAGCGCUAUAACACCAUCAAAGACAAUGCCAUGAGGGCAGUAGGCAAAGCAGAGGAACUAGUAAAAGCCCACCAGGAGUAUCAGCGGGGUCUCCAUGCGUUUGAGGACUGGCUGGAACAGGAACAAGAGAAGCUCGCCUGCUACACCCAGCUGGAGGGCGAUGUUGAUAUGCUGGAGGAGACUCUCCAAAAGCUGCAGGAACUACAGCUGCGCUGUACGGAGGGCCAGGCUUUGUUAAACACUCUACUGGUCAGUCGAGAACUGGUCGUUCCCUGGGGACUGCCUCAGAUAGAGGAUAGAGCGCUGGAGACCCUGCAGCAGGAGUGGAGGUUGUACCAGGCCCGGCUGGCCGACACACGGGCUCAGCUCAACAGUGCUCUGGCCAAACUGCGACAGAUGGAGCAGAAGUUCCAGCGUCUCGACAGCUGGUUAAAGGGCAUGGAGACCAAAGCACAACUGCGUAGCCAUCGGCGGUCUGACCGCGCCACUAAAGAUGCUCAACUCCAGCUAAUAAAGAGCUGGCAGGAGGAAGUGCUGGUUUAUCAAGAGGAGAUGGAGGGCCUCAGUCUUUUGGCUCAGCAGGUUCUGGAUGAAACCCAUAUUAGCAGUCGGAUCAGUACCAGAGCCACUCAGAUCACAGCCCGCUACCACGCUCUGCUUCUGCAUUUACUGGAGACGAUCAAACAGCUGCAGGAGGAGGUGUCCUGCAUUGAAGAGGCUCAGUGUGUCUUCAGAACCUUCUCAGACUGGCUCAGCAAAGCCCAGAAUAACUUCAGCACUGUGGCUAUAAGUAUCGAUGUAGUGGACCGAUUUGCCAUGGAGAGAAAGAUGAAGAAACUAGAGGCUCUUCAGGGUGACAUGGAGCAGGGUCACACUUACCUGAAGGCAAUGAGGGAGAAGACAGAGCGAGCCAUGGCAUUCUUGGAGGAACCCGAGGCAGAUCAGCUAAAGGAGGAGGUGGAGACCCGUCUCUUCCAACUGGAGGAGUUGAUGGCGGCUCUGCGCACAGAGCACAGCUCCCUCGAGAAAUGUAUCUCACUCUCCAAAGACUUUAUGGAUAAAUACAAGGCCCAGAACCAGUGGGUGACGGAGACCAAGAACCUUUUAGCAUCAAGUGUAGAGCCUAAAGCUGAACUCUACCAGAAGAAGGCUCAGCUAGCAAAGUACAAGACCAUCCAGCAGACAGUGCAAUCGCAUGAGUCAGCAGUGAAAUCUGUCAUCGAGAAAGGAGAGGCCCUGCUCGACACAGUCCACGACCCUACAAUAAGUGACAAUAUGAAAAACCUGCAGGCUGACUACCAAGACCUCUGCUUGGCCGCUAAGACACAGGUCCAGAAUCUUGUGGAGUGGGUGAAGGAGCACGAGGAUUACAACAGUGAGUUGCAAGAGGUGGAGAAGUGGCUGUUGCAGAUGUCCAGUAGACUGGUCACCUCUGACUCCAUGCAGACCAGCAGUAUGGAGAUGGCCACUCAGCAACUUGCCCGACACAAGGCAAUAAUGGAGGAGAUAGCCAGUUUUGAGGAGCGUCUCAGCAGCUUGCAGCAGAAAGGAGAAGGUCUUGUUGCCAGCUGUACAGACCAAGUUCAAGCUAAGAUCAGUCAACAAGUCCAGGCUCACCAGCAGGGAACCAGAGACAGCUACUCCGCCAUUUGCAGCACUGCUCAACGUGUGUACCAGAGUCUAGACCGGGAGCUGCAGAAACACGUUAGCCAUCAGGACACUCUCCAGCAGAGUCAGACCUGGCUCUCCACAGUGCAGGAGGAGCUCCAGCUCAAUGAUCAGGGACCAUCUGGACUGCAGGAGGCACUCAAGCAGGUGAAGCACUACAGGGCCCUUCAGGAGCAGGCCAGUACUUACCUGGACUUGGUGUGUUCUGUGUGUGACCUGUCUGAUGAUGCUGUGAGAGUGACAGCUGCCAAGGUCCAGCAGGUCAAACUCACGAUUGAGGAAAGGAUGUCCAGUGCUCAGGAGCUUUCAGAGGGCUGGAGAGAGAUCAAGGAACAGAAACAAGAUCUAACCAGCCUGUUCCAGGACAUGGAGCAGCAGCUCCUCAGUCUCUCCAGAAGGCCUGCAGAGCUGGAGACCAAGAUAGCUCAAAACAUGCUGUCACAAGCCAAGGAAUGCAGCCAGCAACUGCAAUCUAAACAGAGUAUCCUGACCAAGAUGACCGAGACUGUGAGCAGAUUGACUGGUGGCCAGGACUCCCCAGAACAUGCAGAGCUUGACCGCCUGAGCCAUUCCUGGCUCGACCUCUGCCAUCAGGCCAACAAGCUGCAGGGCCAGAGGGAGGAGGACCUGCAGAGGUCUAAAGAAUACCAUGACUGUAUCUCUGCAGUGGAGGCACUGUUCGAACAGGUCUCCAAAGAGUGGGACAAUCUGGCCAGAACGGAUGCUGAAAGUUCAUCUCAGCACUUGGAGGCUUUACGGAAACUUGCGGUAACCCUGGAAGAACAAAAAGGCACUCUUGAGGACCUUAAAGAUCAGAAACAGAAAGUCAUCCAACAUUUGAACCUGGAUGACAAGGAGCUGGUAAAAGAGCAAAUCAGCCACUUUGAGCAGAGAUGGUCUCAAAUGCAAAACCUAAUUGAGAGGAAAAUCCAGGACUCAGUGGUGACGCUAGAAGAUAUGAGCCAAGUAGAGGCCCGUCUGAGAGAGGCUCGGGACUGGGCAGAGGAGCAGCAGCCCGCCCUGUCCGAGGCCAUGAAAAUGAGUCCACCCCCUGAGCUGGCUCAGAGCUUCCUGUUUGACCACCUGAGCAUUUGCAGUGAGUUGGAGGCCAAGCAGCUCUUGCUGGCCCAGGCCAUGGCCGAUGCUGACAGGGUGCUGGCCCGUCUGGGCCUCAGUGAACGGCAGCGUUUGCAACAGCUGAUUUCUGCCACCCAAUCUGAAGUGGAAUCUUUGAGCGUGAAAGUGGUGCAGCGCAGAAAACACCUCAGCAAGGCUUUCACAGAGAGGACGCAGUUCCUGAUGGCUGUUAACCAGUCAAUUUCCUGGGUCCAGCAGAAUGAGAAGAAGGCCCAGGCAGAGGAGUACAUUGCCUUGUUACCUGAUGACCUGGCCAAGCAGGUAAGAACAUGCAGGAACAUCCAAAGCAGUCUCAAAGCCUAUCAGAGUGAGCUGACCUCCUUGUGGUCUCAGGGGAGGGAUCUGAUGAGAGAUGCCAGCGAGGAAGAAAGGAAUGAGAUUCUCACAAAGUUACAGGAGUUACAAAACAUCUUUGACAAAACCUUACAUAGAUGUGGCCAGAAACUGCAGGAGCUCGAAAAGGUAUUAGUUUCCAGAAAGUAUUUCAAGACCGAUCUAGAGAAAAUAUGCCAAUGGUUGAAACAAGCUGAUAUAGUCACCUUUCCUGAAAUCAAUCUCAUGGUUGGAGACGCUGAAUUGGAAGCACAACUACUGAAGUAUCAACUGAUAGUUGAGCAAGCAAUUGAAUAUGAGAACCUCCUCCUAAUUGUACAAAGAGCUGGCCAGGAAAUAUUGCCCACUCUGAAUGAAGUCGACCACUGCUAUUUAGAUGAAAAACUCAACACCCUCCCCCACCAAUAUAACAGCAUAUUAGCACUAGCCAAAGAGAAACAGGAGAAAAUCCAGCAGGCUAUUCUUACAAGGAACGAGUACACCUCUUUCAUAGAUGUCACUCAUAAAGCACUUAAAGAGCUCGAAGAACAGUUCAACAAUCUUGGCACACAACCUGUAGGGCUGCAGACAGAAGAAGUUGUCAGUUUGCAGAGUGAUUACAAAGCCAUUCAGGCAGAUCUGAGCAACCUUGGUCUAGCUGUGAGUGAACUGAACCAGAAGAAAGAGGGAUUUCGGAGCACUGGUCAGCCUUGGCGCACAGAGGAAAUGACCCAGCUUGUGAGCCUGUACAACGGCCUGAAGAGGUUGGUUGAACAGAAAGUAGAGCAUCUGGAUGAAACCUUGGAGACAUUUGAGGACCGCAAGGCGAUGGCCAUGCAGGUCGACUCUCAGUUAAAGGCCACAAAGGAGCAGCUGGUUAAAGUCAACGCAGAGACCCAGUCGGCUGAGGAGAGGCUGAAGAACUACCAUGCUCUAGCAGGGAGUCUCCAGAGUGCCAACUCUCACUUGUCAAGGCUCAUGGAGCAGAUGGACACUCUUGCCCCCCGUGUGGACCAUGCGGCCCAUGACGCCUCUAAAGACCAAGUGGUUCUGUGGCAAGAGGAGCUACGGUCUUUGCAGGCUGCAGUAGGGGAGCUGAUAGAAGAGUGUGAGAACAGGUUUGUUCAAAGUAAAGACUUUGAGACAGAGAUGAAGAGGACUCUGGACUGGCUGCAGCAGGUCAGGGAUGAACUGGGCUGUGCUGUGAUCGUGGACGUGAGGGUGGAGAAGGUGCAGGAGGAGAUCAGGAAGCAGCAAAUCAUGCAGGAGGAAGUGCAGUCCAGGCUGAGAAUUGUGGCCGCUCUCAGUAGCAGGGAGAAACAGGAGUAUAACAGUGCCAAUGAGCUUGUCCCGGCCCAUGUAGAUACAAACCUGGAAGAAAUGGCAAAGCUUCAGGCCGAUGUCCAAAAAGCACUGAGCUCAAAACAGAUUACUCUGGAGGAAGCUCUGGGGUUGUGUCAGAAGUACCACUUCAGGAUGCAAUCGGCCUGUGAAUGGCUGGAGGACGCCGUGUCCUUCCUGCAGCAAGCUAGCCUUGGUGUGGAUGUGGAGAACUACGAGGAGUGUCUCCGGCAGCAAGGGGACAUCGUGGCCACGGAGCAGGAGUUCCUCAGCCACCUGGAGGAGCUGCAUGGCCUGCUGCCCCAGCUGGAGAACCUGGUCAACCCCACAGCUAAAGAGCAGCUCCGUUUGAGCGUGGAGUCGGCAAAGCAGAGAGGCGUGGAGGUCCGAGAUCAGCUCCAGUGUCACCAGGAUGUCCUUCAUAGCUGUGUGGCUCAGUGGAAGUCAUACCAGGAGGCGAGGCAGACUGUCAUUGAGAUUAUGAAUGAAGCUGAAAAGAAGCUGACAGAAUUUUCCACUGCAAAGGCAGCCACAAGCCAAGAGGCUGAAGAUAAGCUGUGCAGUCAUCGGUCGCUUGUAUCACUGGUGAAUGGCUUCCAAGAGAAGCUGAGUGGUUUAGAGGAGCAAGCCGCUCAGCUGGAGCUGGUGGGGAGUGAUGCCAGCAAGGCCACCAUCAGUCGCUCAAUGACCACUGUGUGGCAGCGCUGGACUCGACUACGCAGUGUGGCACGGGGACAGGAGAGAGUACUCGAGGACACGGCACAGGAAUGGAGGACUUUUAGGGAGAAGAUGGUGAAGGUGAGAGCAGUGUCUGAUGAGCUCCAGAGCCGUUUCCCUGACAGUGCCGUGGAGAAGGCCUCCAAAGCCACCCUGCAGUCGCUGCUAGACCAGCACGACCUGCUGAGCCAAGACUUAGAGAGAGAGCUCUCCUCUCUUACACUGCUCCGCCAGUACGCCCUCAGCCUAUUGCACGAUGUGGAAGUGCCUUCACCCACAAAUGACCAGGAUGAGCUGCCCAGCCUGAAGGAGAUCAGAGCUGUGCAAGACCAAAUGGAAAGCCUUCUGACACAGUCCAGGACUAAGCGGGCUCAAACAGCUCAGGAACUGAGGGAAAGAGAGGAAGUGGAAAAGGAACUCAGUGUUGCGAAGGCCUGGAUCCAGGAGACCAGGGAGCUUCUUCUCAAUCCCACACCAGACAUCGAUUCUCUACUGCAGGAGCUUGAGAUUGUGCAUGGAGAAGUGAUCACCUAUCGUCAGAAUGUGGAUAAAUUAGCAGAGCAGCAACAGAGCAAGUACCUGGACCUCUACACUAUAUUGCCCUCUGAAAUCUCCAUGCAACUAGCUGAGGUCUCACUCGCAUUGGGUGCCAUUGAGGAUCAGGUUCUUUCCAAAGAGAGAGAAAUUCAGAAAACCAGAGAAAUAAAAGAGGACUUCAGCUCCAGGAUCCAUGAAAUCUCUGAGAAACUUAAAGCUAUCGCUGCUAAAUUCAAGGAAAAAUCUCCAGAUGUUGAUCAUGCUAAAGAAGAGGUCAAGAGCCUGGCUGAAGACUUGGACUCCUGCGGUCGCACCCUCUGUGAGCUGGACGCUGCCAUACAAGAGUUUGGCCGCAGAAACCCCCUACUGGCCAAACAGCUGAGCGACGCCAUCAGCAAGCUGUCAGAGAUGCAUCACCACACAACGCGGCUGGCAGACUGCAGGAACAACUGGCUCAAAAAGGCUGUCUGCUAUUUAGAUGAGUAUAAUGAGAUGCUGGACUUCAUUGUGAGGUGGUCGGAGAAAGCCAAAAGCCUGGUGAGGGCAAACAUCAUCUGGAACUCGUCUGUUCACCUGCAGGAGCAGAUACGGAUGUAUCAGGCUGUCCUGCGUGAGUCUCGGGAGCUCCACGGAGACCUGGAGUCAAUGGCGGAGAAAGUAGAGCUCCUGUCUGAGGUGCUGCAGGUUGAAUCUAUGAGCCAACAGGUUUGUGAACUCAGUCGACACACAGAGGAGCUUCAGCAAAGCAUCAAGAUGCGGCUGCAGAGCUUGGAGGAUGCAGAUAAGAGUAUGGAGGCGCUGGAGUAUGAAGUUAAGGCCCUACAUGUAGCUCUGGAGCAGGUGCAAGCCACACUGACCUCACCAGAGUUGGCACGCCAGAGCCUCAAAGAACAACUCGCUCAGAGACAGCGUUUGUUGUCAGAUAUGGAGAGCUUCAAGCAGCAGGUGCAGGCAGUCCAGAUGUGUCAGAGUGCUCUGCGGGUCCCAGAGGAGGUGAUGCCCAACCUUGCCAUUUGUCGCACAGCUCUGCGUCUGCAGCAAGAAGCCAGUCAGUUGCAGCAUGUGGCCAUUCAGCAAUGCAACAUUCUACAGGAGGCAGUGGUGCAGUAUGAGCAAUACGAGCAGGAAGUGAGAGACCUACAGGGGCUGAUCGAGGAAGCACACCGUGUCAUCCAGGACCGACCAAUCCCUGCCAGCAACAUCCAGGAGCUGCAGGCCCAGAUCCUUCACCAUGAAGAACUUGCCCAGAAGAUUAAAGGUUACCAAGAGCAGAUCGCCUCACUGAACUCAAAAUGCAAGAUGCUGGCGGUGAAGGCCAAGCAUGCCACCAUGCUGCUGACAGUGACUGAUGUGGAGGGGCUGCCUGAGGGGCUGCAGGACAUGGAUGGGGAGAAAUCAAAGAAAUCCUCAGCACAAGCCGUCAUGAUGACGGCUGGCCGCUGUCACACACUCCUGUCUCCUGUAACUGAGGAGUCUGGGGAGGAGGGCACUAACAGUGAGGUCUCUUCUCCUCCUGUCUGUCGCUCUCCCUCCCCCAUCACUCACACUGAGGCCACUGUAACCAAGGUAUCUGCCUUCUCUAUUCCUCUCGACAGCUUUUUGUUUUUUAUCAGUCAUUCUCCAAUCCAAGAAUUAUAUGAUCCGACAUUUGAGUCCGUGGCCAACCUAGAUGACUUGCAGCGCUCAUGGGAGACGUUGAAAAAUGUGAUCAGCGAGAAGCAGAGGUCUCUAUAUGAAGCUCUGGAAAAACAACAGCAUUACCAGGGUUCACUCCAGUCAAUCUCUUCUAAAAUGGAGGCUCUGGAGGCCAAACUGAGCGAGCCUCUGGAGGCAGAUAAAAGCCCAGAUAGCCACAUAAAGGCCCAUGAGGGUCUGAUAGACGAGAUUCAGAGUGUGCAGGAGGAAAUAGACAGGCUGCAGACGAGCUUCACAGAGGAUCUGGCCUCUGAUGCUGUGGACUCGGACAUGGCUGACCAGCUGGCCAUGCAGUCCUCCCUCGCUGUGUUGGCUGAGAGGAUGGCCACCAUCCACAUGAAGGCUUCAGGGAAACAACAACUAUUGGAGGAGCGCGUUAGUGACCGACUGGAGGGUCAACGUCAGGAACAGGCCAUACAGUUCUAUCAGACCCAGGCAGAUGGACUGGACCAGUGGUUGAUCAGAAUGCGCAGUGCCGUUACCUCCAUCCUCGAACCUAAACCUCUGGAGGAGACAGACAUGGAGGAUCAGCUCGCUGAAUGUCAAAACAUGCUGCUGGAGAUUGAAGAGAAGGUGUUGGCCCUGUCAGAGCUGUCCAUGCACAGUGAGAACCUGCUGCUGGAGGGUCGGACAGAGACCAGAGAGGAAUCGGAGCAGUUGGGCAGGAAGUUACGCACUUUGAAGGGCGGCCUGUUGGAGCUGCAGAGGAUGCUACAAGACAAGCAGAGUAACAUCCAGGGCUCUCUGCAGGAGCAGGAGGACAGUGAGUCAGACUCCAGUCUCUCACAGAGUCCCAGUGUGCAGGACUGGCUGGCCCAGGCCCGGACCACACGAACCCAACAGCACCAGGACAGUCUUCAAAGACAGAGGGAGCUGGAGGAGCAACUUGCAGAGCAGAAAAAGCUGCUUCAGUCAGUUGCUAGCAGAGGAGAGGAGAUUCUCAUCCAGCAGGCCUCGCCCAGCAGUGCCAGUACAACAGAGCCGUUUUCAGCAGCAGCUUUGGUUGAGAGGGAAACUCAGGCUGCACGAGAACAGAUGAGGCAGAGAUGGGAGAGCCUGAGAUUAGAGCUGAAAACAAAACUGCAGCUCCUACAGAAAACUCUGGAUCAGGACCACAAGCAGCUGGUUUAUUCCAGAGCCUCUCGUGUGACCACAGCUGGCUCAUUGUUCAAAGGAGAAACACAAGCGGACAAAUCCUCCCUGAAGACUCUGUAUGACAGCUUCAGACAGACAAUAGAAGACAUGACCACUCAGCCCGGUGGCGGUGAGACACAGGUGGCGCAGAUGGAACAGCAGCUCUACACAGCUGUGUCAUCCACCUCCUCCUGGCUGGAUGGUGUGGAGAACAACGUCUUCUCUGGCUCAGUGCUGCUGGCUGAAAACGCAGAGACCCAGCUAGAAAAGCAAGAGACAUUAGAAAACGAUGUGAUGCACAUGACGGAGGAGGUGAAGCUCAGCCAGGCUCUGCUAGCUGGGUCUUCAAGUUUGAGACAUGAAGACCGGGCGCUGCUGGAGGACAACCUUGAGUGCCUGAAAGAGAGAUUAGGAGCUCUGGGUUGUGCUCUGGCACAACGCUGUGACCACAUGAGGACCAGAGCACAUGAACUCACAGCCUACCAGACUGAGCUACAGCUUCUCCAAACUGCUUUAAUUGAGACAAAGUGCCAGAUCCUACAGGCCUUAGCUGGAGCCAUGGACAGACCAGCCUCAAAACAGCUGGAGGUCAUCGCCAGUGCAGAGGAGAGCCUGAAAGACUUUGAACAGAGAAUCGCAGAGAUCAAAGCCAGAGGAGCAGCACUGCAAGCCGAUCAGAUAUCAACAAACAAAAUACUGAAACUCCAGGAUUCUUAUGAAGAGCUGGUGAUGACCGUGGGUUCCCGGCGCAGCGGGCUGAACCAGAACAUGGCUCUGAAGGAGCAGUAUGAGCGUGCACUGCAGGACCUGACCGACCUGGUGGAUACAGCUAAGGACAAGAUGGCUGCUGAUCAGAGGAUCAUUGCCAGCUCUGUGGAGGAAGUCCAGAAUCACCUCGACAAACAUAAGGAGUUCUUCCAGGGUCUGGAGUCCCAUAUGAUUCUAACAGAAACAUACUUCAGGAAAAUCAGUGGCCUGAUGCUUCCCAAAGAGAGCCAAGUCCUGGAGGAGACACUGGCUGAGGCUCAGAGCGUCCUCAAAGAGGCACACAGUAAAGGAGUGGAGCUCGAGUGUAUCCUGGAGACUUGGUGCCGCUUGGUGCAGGAUUACCAGAGUCUAAACCGACAGUUGGAGGCAGUUGAAGGAAACAUCCCCUCUGUUGGUCUGGUGGAGGAGACGGAAGAAAGGCUCAUGGACAGAAUCUCGUUGUAUCAGGGUCUGAAGGGGAAACUGACAGAGCACCAACACAAGCUCCACCAGGUGCUGGAUGAGGGCAAACACCUCUUGCUGUCAGUGUGUUGUCCUGCACUGGAGAAUCAACUCGCACUGCUGGGGGAACACUGGCUCAACAAUACUGACAAGGUCAACAAGGAACUGCAGCGCCUGGAGGCCAUCUUAAAACACUGGACCAGGUAUCAGAGGGAGUGUGCAGAGCUCAGCGAGUGGCUGCAGUCUGCUCUGGAGCGCCUGGAGUUUUGGAACACGCAGGCGGUGUUAGUGCCACAGGAGCUGGAAAGUGUCCGAGACCACCUCUCUGCUUUCCUUGAGUUUUCAAAGGAAGUUGAGGGCAAGUCCAGCCUGAAGAGCUCAGUGGUAACCGAGGGCAACCAGCUGCUGCGACUGAAGAAAGUGGACACAGUGGUGCUGCGGUCUGACCUGGGACGCAUUGACACACAGUGGACUGAGCUGCUCACACGCAUCCCAGUGGUCCAGGAGAAGCUGCAUCAGAUCCAAAUGGAGAAGUUGGCCUCCCGUCAUGCCAUUUCUGAGCUGUUUAACUGGAUCUCCUUGAUGGAGAAUGUCAUUGAGGAAGAUGAAGAAAACCUCAAAAGUGCUGUGGGGUCAAAUGUGAUUCAAGACUACUUGCAAAAAUACAAGGGCUUCAGAGUAGAUUUAAGCUGCAAGCAGCUGACUGUGGACUUUGUCAACCAGUCAGUGCUGCAGAUCAGUGGUCAGGAUGUGGAGAGCAAGCGCAGUGAUAAGACAGACUUUGCUGAGCGCCUCGGAGCCAUGAACAGACGCUGGCAGAUCCUCCAAGGCCGCAUCAAUGAGAGGAUCCAGUUCCUGGAGAGCCUUUUGGAAAUGUGGCUGGAAUACGAGAGCAGCAUUCAGGCCCUGAAGUCCUGGAUGGCAACUCAAGAGGAAAAGCUGAAGAGGAAACACCGGAUAGAGGAUUUGACAUCGGUGCAGAAUGCUCUCAAAGACUGUCAGGAAAUGGAGGAGUUGGUGAAGGAAAAAGAGAAAGAACUAGAGCGGGUGGAGGAGCAGGGCUGUGCCCUUGUCCAGAACAAGACCGAUGAGGCCUGUGCUAUCGUCAUGGAGACACUCCAGUGUGUCAAUCACACCUGGGCUAACCUGGAUCACUUGAUAGGACAACUAAAGAUCAGUUUGAAGUCGGUGCUGGAUCAGUGGAGUCUUUACAAGCGUGCUUCAGAGGAGAUCAAUGGCUACCUGAUGGAGGGAAGGUACUCCGUGUCUCGUUUUCGCCUCCUCACAGGCUCCCUGGAGGCUGUUCAGCUGCAGGUGCAGAGUCUGCAGGAUUUGCAAGAGGAACUGGAGAAACAGGAGAGCAGCUUGAGAAAGUUUGGUGCUGUGACCCACCAACUGCUGAAGGAGUGUCACCCUUCAGUGUCAGACUCCCUAAACAAUGCCCUCAAGGAUGUCAAUGCAAGAUGGACCGGCUUACUCGAGGAGAUUGCGGAGCGUCUGAGAAGCAGCAAGGCUCUGCUUCAGCUGUGGCAGCGCUACAAGGAGCUUUAUGAGCAGAGCUGCAGCAGCAUCCAGCGGCAGGAGGAAAAGGCAGACCAGCUACUCAAGACCACCUGCAGCAAGGACAUCUCUGAUGAGGAGGUGUCCGACUGGAUCCAAGAAUACAGCGAGCUGCUCCGGUCCCAAGCUCCAGUGCAGGCCUCCUUGCAAGUUCUCCAAGAACUGGGAGAUCAGCUGAAACAGCAGGUGGACACUUCUGCAGCAUCUAACAUCCAGUCAGAUCACCUCUCUCUCACCCAGCGGCUUUCUGCUGUGGAACAGGCCCUUACCAGACAGCUCACCACCCUGCAGACUGGAGUUCAAGAUUAUGAAACCUUUAAUGAUCAAUUGGAUUCAUUGGGAUCCUGGUUAGUUGAAGCGGAGGAGGCUCUGAAAGUGCAAGAUCCCAACGGCUCCACCGACCUGACAGUAAUCCAGGACCGCAUGGAGGAUCUCAAGAGGCUCAUGCUGAAAUUCAGCAGUAUGGCCCCUGAAUUAGAGCGUCUUAAUGAGCUCGGUUAUCGGCUCCCUCUCAACGAUACAGAGAUCAAACGCAUGCAGAAUCUCAACAGGAGCUGGUCAGCAGCCUCAGCACAGACCACAGAGAGAUUCAGCAAACUUCAGUCCUUCCUGCUGCAGCAGCAGACCUUCCUGGAGAAGUGUGAAACAUGGAUGGAGUUCUUGGUCCAAACUGAAGAGAAUCUGGCUGUGGAAAUUUCUGGGAACUACCAGAGUUUGAUCGAGCAGCAAAAAGCCCAUGAGUUGUUCCAAGCUGAGAUGUUCAGUCGCCAACAGAUCCUCCACUCUAUCAUCAGUGAUGGACAGCGGAUGUUAGAGCAGGGUCAGGUAGAUGACAGAGAUGAGUUCAACCUGAAGUUGACUCUGCUGAGUAACCAGUGGCAGGGCGUUGUCCGCCGUGCUCAACAGAGGCGCGGCAUAAUUGAUGGUCUGAUCCGUCAGUGGCAGCGCUACAGAGAAAUGGUGGAGAAGCUACGCAAAUGGCUGGUGGAGGUGUCCCACCCUGCAGAGGCCCUUCAGGCGGGGACUACAGUGCCUCUGCAACAAGCCCGCUCCAUGCUGGACGCUGUCCAGCUGAAGGAAAAAGUGCUGCAGCGUCAACAGGGCAGCUACAUCCUGACAGUCGAGGCUGGCAGACAACUGCUCCUGUCGGCUGAUAGCCGGGCAGAGAUGGCCCUGCAGACAGAGCUUACUGAUAUCCAAGAGCGAUGGAAACAUGCCAGCAUCUGCCUGGACGAACAGAAGAAAGAGCUUGCCACCCUGUUAAAGGACUGGGAGAGGUGUGAAAGAGGUAUUGGUGGAUCACUGGAAAAACUUCGAGCCUUCAAACGGCAGCUCUCCCAGCCUCUCCCUGAUCACCAUGAGGAUCUGCAAGCUGAGCAGAUGCGCUGCAAGGACCUGGAGAAUACAUUUGAUGGCUGGACGGGGGAUCUGGCUCACCUGACUGUACUGAGAGAGUCACUGUCUUGUUACAUCAGCGCUGAGGACCUUUCUGUGCUGCAGGAGCGAAUUGAGCUUCUGCAUCGACAGUGGGAUGAAAUCUGCCACCAGCUGUCCCUGCGCAGGCAGCAGGUGAGUGAGAAGCUGAAUGAGUGGACUGUAUUCAAUGAGAAGUACAAGGAGCUCUGCGAGUGGCUCACCAACAUGGAGAGCAAGGUCUCCCAAAAUGGUGACAUCAGUAUUGAGGAGAUGAUCGAGAAGCUUCGCAAGGACUACCAGGAAGAGAUCACUGUGGCUGAGGAGAACAAGUUACAGCUGAACCAGCUGGGAGAGCGUCUGGCCAGAGCCAGUCACCAGAACAAAGCUACUGAGAUUGAACAAAAACUCGGCAAAGUCAGCGACCGCUGGCAGCACCUCCUGGAUCUCAUUGGAGCCAGAGUGAAGAAGCUGAGAGAAACUCUGGUGGCCGUGCAGCAGCUGGAUAAGAAUAUGAGCAGCCUGCGCUCCUGGCUCGCCCACAUCGAGACUGAGCUGUCUAAGCCCAUCGCCUAUGACGCCUGUGACUUCCAGGAGAUUCAGAGGAAGCUCGAUCUGCAGCAGGAGCUUCAGCGUGACAUAGAGAAACACAGCACAGGAGUGGCGUCUGUGCUGAAUCUAUGCGAGGUGCUUCUGCACGACUGUGACGCCUGCGCCACGGAUGCAGAGUGCGACUCCAUCCAGCAGGCAACUCGUAGCCUUGAUCGCCGCUGGCGGAGCAUCUGUGCCUUGUCUAUGGAGAGGAGACUCAAGAUUGAGGAGACGUGGCGUUUAUGGCAGAAAUUCCUAGAUGACUUUGCACGAUUCGAGGAGUGGCUGGCCACUUCAGAAAAGACUGCUGCUCUGCCCAACUCCUCUGGUGUGCUGUACACUGUAGCCAAAGAGGAACUAAAGAAAUUUGAGGCCUUCCAGAGGCAAGUCCAUGAAAGCCUGACCCAGCUGGAGUUAAUCAACAAGCAAUAUCGCCGCCUGGCCAGAGAAAACCGCACUGACUCGUCCUGUCGUCUGAGGGAGAUGGCCCAUGAUGCCAAUCAGCGAUGGGACAACCUGCAGAAGAGGGUGGCAUCCAUCCUUCGUAGGCUUAAGCACUUUAUUAGUCAGAGGGAGGAGUUUGAGACAGCCAGAGAUGGCAUCUUGGUGUGGCUGACAGAGAUGGACCUGCAGCUGACAAACAUCGAACACUUCUCUGAGUGUGACAUUCAGGCCAAGAUCAAACAACUCAGGUCAUUCCAGCAGGAGAUUUCCCUGACAACAGCCAAGAUCGAACACAUCUUCCACAAGGGAGAGGCACUGAUAGAGAAGAGCGAGCCUCUGGAUGCUGCCGUCAUCGAGGAGGAGCUGGAAGAGCUACAACGCUACUGUCAGGAAGUGUUUGGUCGAGUGGAGCGGUACUACAAGAAACUCAUUCGUCUUCCCCUUGCAGAUGAUGAUACUGAAGUGUCAUUCUCGGACCGUGAGCUGGAGCUGGACGAGCCUGGUGAUUUGUCCAGCCUGCCAUGGAGUGAACGUUUGGGGGAUGGCUUCCUGUCACCUCUGCCCUCCUCCGGCCGCUCUGCCUCCCUGGCGGCCCAGCUCCGGACGGAGCGCUCGGGCAGGGACACCCCUGCCAGUGUGGACUCCAUCCCCCUGGAGUGGGACCAUGACUACGACCUCAGCCGAGGCCUGGAGAGCGCCAGCAGGGCCCUGAGAGAGCAGCAGAGUGAGGAGGGAGACUUCAUCCAGCGCCCUGCUUCCACCUUGUCAGGGGAGGUUCCCUCUACAGACUCACAUGUUCACCCUCUGGACGUCAGCCGUUUCCACCUGCAGCAGUCGGAUAGCAGCCGCAGCCGCACUCCCACAAGCACAGAGCUGGAUGCUUCAUACAUGGGAUACAUGCGGCUGCUGGGUGAGUGCCGUGGCAGCAUUGACACAGUGAAGAGGAUGGGCUUUGAGCUCAAGGAGGAAGAAGACACAGUGUCUGGACUGGCAGAUCCCAGUAGCUCAGAAUCCCAGACAUCAGGAGUGAUUGAACGCUGGGAGCUCCUGCAGGCUCAGGACCUCAGCAAAGAGAUGCGCACAAAGCAGAGCCAGCAGCAGUGGCAGCAGCUGAACUCUGACCUGAACAAUGUUUGGACUUGGCUGGGAGAGACGGAGGAUGAGCUGGAGCAGCAGCGGAGGCUGGACCUCAGCACAGACAUCCAGACGAUUGAGCUGCGCAUCAAAAAGCUCAAGGAGCUGCAGAAGGCGUACGAGAAGCGCAAGGCUAUUGUGCUUUCCAUCAACCUGUGCAGUACUGAGUUUGUGCAGACAGACACAGAGGAGUCCCGAGAGCUACAGGCCAAACUGAAAGACAUGAACAACCACUGGGACAAACUGGGCAGCUCACUGGAGGAGUGGAGGUCUUCAUUACAGGAAGCCCUCAUGCAAUGUCAAGACUUCCAUGAGAUGAGCCACGGUCUGCUGCUCUGGUUGGAAAACAUCGACCGCAGGAGGAAUGAGGUGGUUCCCAUCGACCCCAUCCAGGACAGUGACACUCUCCAUGAGCAUCAUAAAACACUUACGCAAAUCCGCCAGGAGCUGCUGGACUCCCAGCUUAAAGUCGCCUCACUACAAGACAUGUCCCUCCAGUUGCUGGUCAACUCUCAGGGCAGCGACUGCCUGGAGGCUAAGGAGAAGGUUCAUGUUAUUGGGAACCGCCUUAAACUGCUGCUAAAAGAAGUAACCAGAGACCUCAGAGAGUUAGCCAAGAUUCUGGACAUCACAAGCAGCCAACAGGAUCUGUCUUCUUGGUCUUCUGCUGAUGAUCUGGACACAUCCGGAUCCCUCAGUCCUGUGUCAGGACGGAGCACGCCAAGUCGCCGACGAUCGCAACGGGGCAAAUGUAGUCUGUCACAGCCUGGACCCUCUGUGAGCAGUCCACACCACAGCGACGCUGGAUCCGCUUCCUUCCCUUCUGACUCGGAGACAUCAACGGUUCGUAGGUCGUCAUUUCUGCGGCGCAUCCUCUGGGUCGCGUUGCCUUUCCAGCUCUUCCUGCUCCUGUUAGUGGUCCUUGCCUUCCUGCUGCCAUUGUCCGAGGAGGACUACUGCGCUCAGUCCAACAACUUUGCCCAUUCCUUCUACCCGAUGCUCAGCUACACGAACGGACCACCUCCAGUGUAGGCUGGCUGUCAGGGCGUUUUCAUCUCAGUGUUCUUGCAUCAGUAUGACCUGAACAGGAAUCACAGUGAUAUCCUCUAAACGGUCGAUCACGUUGGGAGCAAAAAACUAAUCUUGGUCAUCCAUUUGUAUUGCAGAAAAACAGUUGUCAUCCACAGUUAAUAUCUUUGUGUGUAGCGCAUAGGAUCAAGCAUCUCACUAUGAUACUCUGUGUAAUGCUGUGUCGAUUAAGGAGCAGCUUUGGUGAAGAAACAGUUUUUUGCACAGUGGACGUUGCCGUAUGAGUGAACUGUUCAGCCAGUGGCGUGUACAAGAUGUAUUUCUCUGAAGGAAACCGUCAGUGGAUAGCACCAAAGUUAAAUGCUGAAGUAUAACCAUGUGAAUUUGCUUGCAACUCGAAAGUUUGUAAAGAAAAAAGAAAAAAAACCCAUUUAAUAUAUCUUACAUUGCAAUUAUUUUUUUACUUGUAUUUUGGCAUGCAGUUCUAAUUUUUUGCUUUUAUUUACCUACAUUCCUCAUUGUAUCUGUGGUUAGACAGUCCAUUUUUAACUUGAAUUACACUGAUUCAUGUAAAAUUCAGUUAAGCCAAGACGUGUUUUCAUAUCAAAGUCAGACACAAUUCAACAUCAAUCAUCCAUGGUCUUUAUACAUUUUACAAUUUUAUUUUUUAAAAAUCUGAAAUAAGACUUUAAGAUUGAGAAUUAUGACAUAUAGAAACUAUUGUAUAUUUUGUAUGACUGUCAGUUCAGUAUCAAAUGUAUAACAGUCCAGGAUUAUUUAACGUGUAUAUAAUGGUAAAACAUUAAUAUGAGAAAUGUAUGUAUAUGCGACCAUCAAAAACAAUGAAU